AUGUCUGCUCACGAACAAGCUUACAACGAAAUCACUUCUGUCGAUGUUCCCGAAGAAGAACACAAGGCUGCCUGGACUCAUGAACUCUUGGCGGGAGCCGCUGCUUUUGAAGCCAUGCAUCUGUAUAACAAGAAGAAGGCCGAAGCUGGCGAUGAAGAUAAUCAUCAACUCGCAAAGGAACUUCUCGCCGGAUUGGCCGCCGCCUCCGUGGACGGUUUUGCUGAAUCGAAAGGCUUGGACUGGAUCGACCGGCAGAAAGCCAAGCACCGUGCCAAAGAAGAAGCCGAAAAACUAUACAGCGAACAAACCGGUUAUUCUUUUUAA